UGUUUUUCAUAAUAUUAUGCUCUCAGACAGUAGCAGCAGGUCAUCUGGCAGCUUCGCGCGGCUUUAUCUAUCGUUCGUUCGCCGGUCGCACACUCUACGCAAUAAAUAAACGAUUGCACUCGCGUGCUCGUAGUGGGCGCUCGGUUAUUUUCUAAAUAGAUUUUGUUUGUAUUUUUGUAAAUAAUAGUGGCGACAGUGUUCAUAUUAAGAAAAAAUCGUGUUUGAUUUUUGGUAAAACAUAAAUAUAAAAAAAACUUUCACUUUACCAAAGAUUUCGUUCUCUAUUUCUGCGGUAGGAUCUCUGUGUCAAAUGUCAAAACCUAUUUUUGUUGUUUUCGAUGUACUGACGUGAUUUUUAUUUUUAUUUGUAAAAUGGACAUUUUUGAAAGUUAAAUAAGUGAAUAACGAUCUUACCACUAAACAAAAACAAGUGUUAAUUGGUGCAAUACAAAAUGAAUUGUGUACACUCGAGAGUUCCUGAAUAAUUCCGCAAUUUCUAAAUCGGGGUGUUUAGUCCGUCUUCGGUUUCUUUCUAUUUUACAAUCUACUCGUGUAGGUGUGGAGAUUUAAGUGUCUGUGUACGUUUAUUCUAAUUACGAGGAAACAAGUUCGUGGAUUUGAUUAUAACCACCGAUAUACUUGAGAUGAACAUCGGAAUGCGAAUUCAGUUACAUUUAACAUAGUUGAUGCACGUGCGAAGACUAUCCACGAACCACAUUGACGUUGUAUGAUAUACAUAAAUGUAAUGGUCCGUAGCUAGGAUCGGGAAUGAAGUGGUGGGGCGAGACGCUAGGGCGCGGCGCGUCGGCGCAGUUGUCCCGAGUGGCCCGCAUGCGGCGCGCGCUGCUCCUGUUGGCCGCGGCGGCGUGCACGGCGGCCGCCCUGCUGUAUUGGCGACAGCAGAGCGACGACCGCGCGCACCGCCCGCUGCACGCGUUAUAUGCAGGUGUCGAACCACAAUGGAGCUGGGUGUGCCGCAACUUACGGUGCGAGAGGCUACUCGCGUCGGAGACGUCGACGCUACAGUCACUGCCGACGUGCAACAUGCUGUGCGACAGCACGCAGCUGUGGCCGCAGCCCACCGGGCCCGUCAGCCUCGCCACCGCCGUGCAGCCCGUGCGCGCCGACGGCUUCAAGCUGCAGAUCAUCGCGUCGCCGUCGCGUGACGUGUCCGACCACCUCUCCGAGGCCUUCGAGCUGAUGCGCGAGGACAUGCGAGCACUGGAGCGCAGCGCCGGCGACCACCGGCCGGCCGACUACGGCGCCCCGCGCGACGUGCACGUGCGCGUCGCCAUCAACGGCAGCGCCGACCCGCGCAUGCGCCUCGACACCGACGAGAGCUACAAGCUCACGCUGCGCCCCAGCAGGAGGACUCUAGUGGCCGACAUCACCGCGCACUCCUUCUGUGGCGCCCGACACGGGUUUGAAACCCUAUCGCAGAUAGUGUGGUUGGAUCCUUACGCCGGCUCCUUACUUAUAUUGGAGGCCGCCACGGUGGUAGAUGCGCCGAGGUUCUCUUAUCGCGGGUUGCUCCUUGACACCGCUCGCAACUUUUUCCCUACGGACGAGAUAUUACGAACGAUAGACGCGAUGGCGGCGUGCAAGCUGAACACGUUCCACUGGCACGUGAGCGACUCGCAGUCGUUCCCGCUGCGGCUGGACAGCGCGCCGCAGCUGGCGCAGCACGGCGCGUACGGGCCGGGCGCCGUGUACUCGCCGGACGACGUGCGGGCCGUGGUGCGUCACGCCAAGCUGCGCGGCGUGCGCGUGCUGCUGGAGGUGGACGCGCCGGCGCACGUGGGCCGCGCGUGGGGCUGGGGGCCCAGCGCCGGCCUGGGCCACCUCGCGCACUGCAUCGAGCUCGAGCCCUGGAGCGCCUACUGCGGCGAGCCGCCCUGCGGACAGCUCAACCCGCGCAACCCCAACGUGUACGAGCUGCUGCAGCGCAUCUACGCCGAGAUCAUCCAGCUCACGGAGGUGGACGACCUGUUCCACCUGGGCGGCGACGAGGUGUCGGAGCGGUGCUGGGCGCAGCACUUCAACGACACCGACCCCAUGGAGCUGUGGCUGGAGUUCACGCGGCGGGCGCUGCACGCGCUGGAGCUGGCCAACGGCGGGCGGGCGCCGGAGCUGGUGCUGCUGUGGUCGUCGCGGCUGACGCGCUCGCCGUACCUGGAGCGGCUGGACUCGCGGCACCUGGGCGUGCAGGUGUGGGGCUCGUCGCGCUGGCCGGAGUCGCGCGCCGUGCUGGACGCCGGGUUCCGCGCGGUGCUGUCGCACGUGGACGCGUGGUACCUGGACUGCGGCUUCGGGUCGUGGCGCGACAGCUCGGACGGGCACUGCGGGCCGUACCGCUCGUGGCAGCAGGUGUACGAGCACCGGCCGUGGGCGGAGGAGGCGGGCGCGGGCUGGCGCGUGCAGGGCGGGGCCGCGUGCCAGUGGUCGGAGCAGCUGGCGGCGGGCGGGCUGCACGCGCGCGUGUGGCCGCGCGCGGCGGCGCUGGCGGAGCGGCUGUGGGCGGACCGCGCGGAGGCGGCGGCGCCGGACGUGUACCUGCGCCUCGACACGCAGCGCGCGCGGCUGCUGGCGCGAGGGGUCAGGGCGGCGCCGCUGUGGCCGCGCUGGUGCUCGCACAACCCGCACGCCUGCCUCUAGCGCGGGGGGGACCACCUACACAACUAGGUACAUAAUAAAACGUGUUACAUAGCUAGGCUGAUGAUGUAUGUGAUAAGAGACUGUAACUUAUUCAAAUGUAUCGAUGUAAGACGAAAUGUCGUACCGAGUGUUCGCGAACGCAACAGAUCUGUUCCGCUGUGGAUCGUAAUAUAGAAUCACUUAGGUGUUUGAAUUAAUUCGCAUUUUAUAAAAUGUUGAGCUUCUCUUUUCUAUAAAAGUUGCUUUGUUUCUGUAAUCAAUCGUUUUUUAAUAAAAGUUACAUUUUGUGUAGAUGAAUCUUAAAUCGAUUAUUGAAGUUUGUAAGUGAAAUUAUCAAUAAGUUAAAAUUAAGUGAAAUUGUUUAAAUUGAAUAUUAUUCGGUCAGGGCUAGUGAACUCUGGUAAGGUCCGUAAUGGGUCUGUUCACUGUAGUUGCAAUGAAACAAUCCAGAGAAUUAAUAAUAACACUUCUACUGGGCUUAAAACCCAGUAGCUAUAAACUCACUAAAAAUAAGUUGCCAACUUGUUAAUUUUGUUAGUAAUAAGGAUAACAUUUUUAGGCAUUGACUAAAACAAUAACACAAGGAAAGAUAUUGAGUUGUAGAUAACCGACAAUUGACGAAUCAGAAACAUUUGCAUAAUUUUCAUGUUGACUCAGUCACAAUCCUGGAUGAACAUAUUUUAUUAAUAAAAAAAUGGCAUAGGGCGUAAUAACACGCAACUCAGUUUCACCAACUGUGUUCACCAACAAUAACAAGAAAACGCAAUCUUACUAAACGCACACGCUACUCACAAUCAUUAAGUAGAUACUGAAAAUUGUUUUAUUAUUAUAGAAAGUUAAUAGAUGCAUAGAAAAUGUAAUAUUUGAAUGUUUGUGUUAUUGGUGAAUGUUAAACUUAGUAACGUAACUUGUGAAUCUGUUUCUUUAAUAAAGGCGCGUCUAGACGUGCUACGAUUUUGGGCAAUAUGUGGCUGCAUCACAGUGGCCGGCAACAUUGCAAGCAAUACAAGACUAUGCAUGCAGGAUUGCAGUAAUGUACCGGAGCAUUAUUUGUCAAUCAUUCUUUUCAUUCUUCGGUAUGGCCGUAUUUGCAUAGCCCUUUUAAGACUCGGCGGACAUAUUACAACACCUCACUCAGCCAUAGAUUGUUCGGAGUCCGUGUACGUAUGAUGAGGCAAUUUUUUUGCCAACAAUGCAGCCACAAAUUGUACACAAAAAUGUAGGUAGCCCGUUUUGACGCGCCUUAACACUAGUUGGUCUCCGCGACCACGAUGAAAACAUUUUGAUAUAUGCAAUCUAAAGUUUAUAUAAAGGACCCUGUCUACAUAUAACUCAACAAAACUUAAAACCAAUAAUAUUUAAAUUUGAUUUUAUAAACCUGAUACUUAUACAAAUAAUAAGUACUUUCACUUACUGUUUUAUAUUACAUCGUGGAUCUUUCGGUCACUUACCUGUUUAUUGUAAGAUCCAAACUCAUCAGAAAUCUACUAUAUUUUUACAUUAUACACAUUUAAUAAUUAUUUUUCUAAUUUCCUUUUUAAACUGCAAUCAUAAUUUAAUUUACUAUUGAGAUUUUUUGUAAAUAGAUCGAUUAUUUUGUAUAUUACGAUUACAGUUAUGGUUUAUUUAUUAUGUAGUGAUACGAUUGAUAUUGAUACGAUUUUUGUUCUGACUGGCUCGUUAACAUUUUGCGUGACUGAGAAAAUAAGGAUCAAGGCACACUGACAUAGUAAAAACUUUAUUUACUCUAUGUUUAAAGUUGAUAUUAUAAUUCGUACGCUGUGUAAUAUUUAGGCUAUUAAUACGUUGUCGUCGUUGUUGCUUCUGGUCGUCAGUGCACUUUGAGCCUUAUCGGCAGUGGAUGUAAAUCUCACAUAAUGUGUCAACAUUUAAUAUUAGGUAAUUAGGUACUGAACAUAAACUACACAGCCGCAAACGUAGCAUUUAGAGACGAUGCUAACCCGCUCCGGUCACGAAGGUAGCGCAGUGGUCACGCCUGCAUGCUAUUGUUCGACGCAGCAUGUCAUUCAGAAUAACUAGAUAAUAGUAAUGUAAGUUCGCCAGUAACAAUCGUCACGAGACAGACGUUAAGUUGAACGCAUUGUGUCAAUGAGCGAGACUUCAUUCCCCCGUUAAAUGUGAUGAGUAAACUGGCACAAUUUUGUACAUUUUGUAUGUAAUGUUUGGUGCUAUAGUGAUUUUCGUGGUGUACUUCUAUGAAUUAAAGAAAAGAUGAAAAUAA